AUGGACGGGAGGUUAAAGAUGGCUUCUCAAUCUGGAGAUAUUGAUUUCUUGUACACAUUGAUAAAGGAGGAUGGUGAGCUUCUGGAUCACAUUACCAGGUUACCGUUUGUUGAUACUCCUCUACACAUUGCUGCUUCCGAAGGGCACGUCCAGUUUGCCAUGGAGAUAAUGAGGCUUCAGCCAUCAUUUUCUAGGAAACCAAACCAGGAUGGAUUUAGUCCUAUGCACUUGGCCCUGCAAAGUGGAAAAACCAGCAUGGUGAUUCGUCUCCUGGAUGCGGAUAAAAGUCUUGUUCGAGUGCAAGGGAGGGAGGGUGUGACACCCUUGCACUAUGUAGCCAAGGAAGGAUAUAUGGAACUCUUAUAUGUGUUUCUAUCUGCCUGCCCAGAAUCCGUGGAAGAUGUCACAAUUCGAAAUGAGACCCCUCUGCAUAUUGCGCUGAAAAAUGACAAGAUUGAAGCAUUUGAAGUUCUGUUGAGAUGGCUAUCACAGGUUUCUUAUCAAGAGGUACAUCAACUGGAGAAAAAGAUGUUGAACUGGGAGGAUGAUGAUAGCAACACUUUGUUGCACAUUGCAACACUUAGAAAUCAACCUGAGGCAGUUAUGCUUCUAUUGACGUCUCAAGUUGAUGUGAACUCUAAGAAUUUGGCGGGUCGGACUCCCCUGGACAUCAUACAUCAUGAACAGCCUAUAAGCGACAGACGAAUAGGGGAUAUGCUAUGCGCUGCUGGAGCUCUUGAAGGAUCUUCACUUCCAUAUGUUCGAACCUUUACGUAUUACAAGAGCACGAACCAAAGGUUGAAGCAGGCUGCACAAGAGGGGGAUAUUGGUGGCCUGUAUGCACUGAUAAAGGAGGACUCGUCUAUAUUGGAGAGCAUCAACCUGGUUCCAUUUGUUAAUACUCCUUUGCACAUUGCUGCAUCUGCAGGGCAUACCGAUUUUGCCAUGGAGAUGAUGAGACUGAAACCAGAAUUUGCGAGGAAGCAGAACCCGGAAGGCUUCAGUGCACUGCACCUCGCUUUGAAGCAAGGCAAAACACAUACACUGCUUUUUCUCCUGUCUGUCUGUAGAGACCUUGUUCGAGUCAAAGGAAGGGACGGAAAGACACUCUUGCAUUAUGCAGCCGAGAUUGGAAACAUGGACCUUUUGGCUAAUUUUUUAGCAGCCUCCCCAGAGUCUAUCAUAGAUCUGACCAUUCGAAAAGAAACUGCACUUCAUCUUGCUGCAAAGAAUGACAAGUUGGAAGCACUUGAAGUCUUGUUGGGAUGGCUUCAGCAUGUUGAUUUAGACAUGAUCUUGCAGAGGACUGAUGAUGAAGGCAACACUGUACUGCACAUUGCAACAUUAAGAAAUCAAUUCCAGGCGGUGAGGCUGUUAAUAAAAAGGGUUGAUAUGAAUGUCAAGAAUUCGGAGGGUUUAACAGCCAUGGACAUAGCAGAUCGCCAUGGAUCAGUUUACAAUGAUACCGAUAUUAGAAAAUUAGUACUCCAGAGAGGAGCUUUGGGAGCUUCUUCACUCCCUGAACGUCCUACUCUUGCAGAUUCUCUAAAGAAAGAGAUGUCAUUGCUCGAAAGAUGGGUUUUGGGUAGUUAUCUCACAAAAAGUUGCAUGUCAAAUGAGAAUCGCAACAGUCUUCUAGUGGUAGCAGUCCUGAUUGCGACAGCCACAUUCCAAGCUGUGCUCAGCCCACCAGCUGGUAUGCAGAGGGAUUACUUCACUUCCUUUCCUCAUAAAACCAGCAGCGCAGCUUCGAAUAGUACUGGUGAACCUAAUGUACCAUCAAACUUUGGCUUUCACUCCUUGGUAGCAUGGAAUUGUUUCCUGGCUCUGAACACCAUGACCUUCUUAACAUCAGUAUCCGAGAUAUGGUUUCACCUCCCUCGUGGCUUUUAUUUUUUGAUGAAACUGGUUUUACCACUUCUGGUCUGCUAUAUGAUUUCAUUAAGUCUCUCAACACCAGUACCAAGCCUGAUGCCUUUCUUCUUCAUUCUAAUUUUACUAUCUCAACUGAAAUCAAUAGUCCGGAACUUGUUUUUUAAGAGGUCGCUGGACGUAAAAAUAUCCCUGAUGAAGUAUUGUCCCAACUUACAUAGAGAAAUUAAAGUAUAGCCUAUGUUUCUGCAGGAUGCAGAUCUACGUUACAUGCAAUUGUUCUAGUGUAAUACCCUUAAUUAGUGACUCAUUGUAUAUAUAGCU